AGUUUUUGCAGCUUUAACAUUAGGAUAUUAUUUUGCAAAAAAUAUGCAAGCCUAAGUAUUUUUCUUUUUUAUUAUAGAAAACCUCCGAUAUUUUCUUCUUCUACUAAUGUCCAUAUUGCCGCUAAAACCGCAUUCAAAAAGCCGCGUGGAGCAACAGGAGCUGCAGCACAUCUACGUCCGCUAUUCUCCUCUCGCGAUCGCUGCUGUCUUCUUCAUAAUCGCAGUCGUUUCCAUUCCCAUUGGCAUCGUAGUGAUUGUUUGCGGUGAUAGAACAAGCCACGUGAGCUUUCGCUACGAUGACGUAAACAACUACACAUUCGUGAUGGGAAGUGCUGGUCAGUACGCCGUCGAUUUCGACUUCAACGGCACGUCGUUUUCAACUGGGGCGGUAGCGCGUGUUGACUUUACGUUGCACAAAAGCCUCUCAGCACCGAUCUAUAUCGAGUACGUGCUAGAUCCUUUUUAUCAGAACUACCGGUGGUUUGCUGCCUCGGUUGACUCCUCCCAACUUCGAGGUGGCACGCGUCGCCUUUCAAAGUUUUGCCACCCCUACCGCUACCCCGGAGAGAAAACCGGUGAGGACAUCAGCGGAUAUUAUAAUCCAUGCGGAGCAUUUCCGUGGUCAAUGUAUAACGACAGUAUUUCGCUGUACAAACGUGACGCCACACUUAUCUGCGACGGUGGAAAGUUCAACACGGAUGGGACAAGCCAGAUUCCCAAUAACCAUUGCAAAAAGAAAGGUAUUGCGUUAAAAGAGGAUGUGGAAAGCAGCUACAAGGCACCUAAGAGCAUGUCAGGUCACGGGCCAAUGUGGAAAGCUGGGGGCGACUCCACUGCCACCGAUCCGUACCAGAAGGCGGGUUAUUAUUACCGGGAGCCUGGACACAAAAUACCCUCCUCUUUAGAUGAAGAUGUCAUGGUUUGGCUGAAAAUGGCUUUUGUGAACAGGGUCACGAAGACAUAUCGCAUCGUUGAGGUGGAUCUCCCCGCGGGGGACUACUAUUUUGAAGUUUUGGAACAGUUUGCGACCGCCCCAAUCUCUGGCCGCAAAUACAUCCGACUCGCAACGCGAUCGUGGAUUGGCGAAAAAAACCACGUGUUAGGCAUUCUGCUCAUUGUCGUUGGAGGUGUUGGUUUCGUGUUGGCGAUAGCACUCUUUAUUCUUCAAUGCUUCAUUGCACCCGGAUAA